UCGUAGUUGUCAGUCUGUGGCGGUGAGUGCGUUUGUUUUGUUCACGUUGUGUGUAGUCCAAGCCAUACUGUAGUUGCUUUUAAGUUUUGUUUGCGUGUGGUCGUCCGAGUACAGAGUGAGGAUGUGACCAUCUGUCGGAUCUUACAUUCGUUGUUCAUUGUUGACGUGGAUCUGGCAGUGCUGGUAGAGUUUAAUGUUGAUCUCCCGCUCGGGCCUGGAUUUUAAAUACUGCAAAACGAUGUCAUGACAGCCAAUAUCUUUCUGUGACGUGACUUUAAUACCUUACAGUAGUUUCAAUAGUGCUUACGUGAAGAACAAUACAUACCCUAAGGGGACUGAACGAAAAAUAUGAGAAUCUUUCAAGAAGUACCCAUCAGAUGGAGAUGCAAUUUUCUUUCAUUGCUGUUUCUUUUGAGCUGUAGCAUUAAGUUUGCAAGCUGUGCGGAUCUUGCAAUCCAAAUCCCAGGGAAUCUCAGUCAAGAUGGGCUUUAUCGUUUAGACUACUCACCGCCACAUGGGAAGCCAGCACCAAAUACUACAAUUGCCUCAAAGGAUAUUGGAGAUGUUAUAGAAUUUUCUCAAGGUCUUCCUGGCACAAAAUACAACUUUUGGCUGUAUUACUCAAAUUCCAGCUUUCAAGAUCUGUUGACGUGGACAGCUUCAAUCACAACAGCACCUGAUGCACCAACCAAUCUUUCUGUAACCGUCCAUAGUGGUAAAGUGACUGAUGUAUCUUGGAGUCCUCCACUUGUUGGCCAUGCCUCGGGAUAUAAGAUUAAGGUUUUGACUAUUGGAGACUCGAGGGAACCCUCCCGUGUUGUACUACAAGAGGAAGAGACUGGUCUGCAUUAUCGUUUGCAGAAUCUCACACCUGGUGGCUCGUAUCAAGUCCAAUUGCUCACUGUUUAUGAAGGAAAAGAAAGUCUUGUAUAUAUUUCAAGGAAUUUUACUACAAAACCUAACACACCAGGAAAAUUCAUUGUUUGGUUCAGAAAUGAAACUACAUUACUGGUCCUGUGGCAGCCACCAUACCCACCAGGCAUAUUCACACACUAUAAGGUAUCCAUUGACCCUGAUGAUGCUGUGCAGAGUGUUUUGUAUGUGGAAAAAGAAGGUGACCCUCCAGGGCCAGCUCAGGCAGCUUUCCAAGGACUGGUGCCAGGACGAGCAUACAAUAUUUCUGUACAGACAGUGAGUGAAGAUGAAAUAUCGACACCAACGACAGCACAGUACAGAACAGUUCCCUUAAGGCCUCUAAAUUUGACAUUUGAUAGAUCAUCUAUAACAGAGACAUCAUUUAGGGUAGAAUGGCAGCCUCCCAAAGGAAAGAGUGAAUUUGAUAAAUACCAGGUGUUAAUAGCAGCAGGACUUCGAAGACCCACACCUGUAUCUGUAAAUAGAGGGGAGCCAACUGUUUGGGAGUUCAAGGAAAAUCUGGAGCCAGGUCACACAUACCAGGUGGUAAUAAAAACUGUUUCUGGAAAGGUCACCAGCUGGCCAGUUACAGGAAAUGUCACGUUAAAGCCUCUGCCAGUCCUGGAUGUACAAGCAGUUACUGAUGAGAGUACUGGUCUUGUGUCUAUUACAUGGACACCAGAUAACUCAAGUUUUCAGGAUAAUUACAAGAUAAGUUAUCACGAGGUGGAGACUGUUCAGGGGGACACUAACUGGCUGUAUGUUGACAAACCUCAUGUAGUGGUGGAGUCUCUACUUCCCGGUCGAAACUAUUCCAUCACAGUGCAAGCAGUUUCUAAUCAGUUAGAAAGCAAUGGAACCAGCAUCUAUGCUGCCACUAGACCCUCCGCACCCAUCAUUAAAGACCUGCUGCCCAUGGAGAAAGGUUUGAACAUUACUUGGAAAUGUGAUGUUCAGACUCGCCAGGACAAGUUUGAAGUGAUAUACAAGAGGAAUGACACAGGACAAAGCGUGACAAAAGUAACAACUCUGUCAUAUGUUGUGCUGGAGGACCUGUACCCUGGAGCAGGCUAUGAAGUGAAAGUAUUUGCUAUCAGUCAUGGUCUACGAAGCGAGCCACAUGAAUACUUUCAGGCUGUGUAUCCCUACCCACCUCAGAACUUAACCAUUGAGCGGACAACAAGUAAUUCAAUUUUAGUUCGUUGGGAUGCCCCGAAGAAUACUUUAUUUUCUGAUUUUUUGAUCAAGUAUCGCACAGAGGAUGAAACAUCUUGGGUUAAACUGCCACUUUUACAAGUACCUGAAGCUGAAAUUGCUGAUAUGACACCUGGUGAGAAGUACAUAAUUCAGGUAACAACUGUCAGCUACGGUGUAGAAAGUAAUAAACCACAAGAAGUCAACAACACAGUCCGACCCAACCCUGUAACAGCCAUAGCAGUCCUAGUUGACUCAUCUAAUGUGACUCUCGAAUGGCCUCGACCAGAGGGCCGUAUUGAGUAUUAUGUUAUCAAAUGGCGUGCGGAAGAUGACCCAGGCACUGCUGAACAGACACGUAAUUUGACAGAACAGAAUGUUCAUGGCGUGCCGCUUGGUUCCAAACCACCACUUGUGAGGAUGCUCAUAGGUGAUCUCAUGCCAGGCCUGAAGUACUUCUUCCAGAUUCAUACAGUUUCACAUGGAAUGAAGAGUGAUAAUACAACUCUUUCCAAACGAACCAUGCCCUUAAUACAAUCAGAAGUUGUGCCAGUACUGGAGGCCACAGCAACAGAUUCAAUGACACUUCGCUACACUCCUACACCUCAGUCUGUUUCACAUUUUGAUCACUACCGUUUUGAGCUUUCGGAUCCAAGCAUUCCGCCUAUUGAAAAGGCAGCCAAUGAUACAGAAACAAAGGUCACCUUCACAGGCCUUGUACCAGGAAAGCUGUACAACAUUACUGUUUGGACUGUGUCAGAUGGUAUCUUCAGUCAGCCACAACUCCGACAGGACCGCCUAUAUCCAGAACCUGUUUCCUCAAUAAAUGCCACAAAAAUUACUGACACGCAGAUUACUCUGACUUGGAUUCCUCCACGUGGUGAACUGAGUGAUUUUGAGGUUACCUACCAGAAUGCUGAUGGCUUGCUUAUUCAUAACUUAACAAAACUGAACAGUAUUACUAUCUCAAACCUUAAACCCCACUGGAACUAUACAUUCACAGUGGUCGUCCGGUCAGGAACAGAGUCAUCAUUUUUAAAACCAUCUGUCCCCGCUUCGGGAAUCUUCACAACUGAAGAGUCUGUACCUGGAAUGGUUGAAAAUUUUCAUCCCACAGAAGUUCAACCAAGCUACAUUACCUUCACUUGGAUGCUUCCAGGUGAUGCACAGAAUGGAGUUAUAAAAAAGUUUACAAUAACGUAUGGACUUGAGCUUUCUACACAUACACAAAGCCGAGAUUUCUUACCAACUGAGUUUAGUGGUACUAUAAGGACUCUGAUACCUGGAAAGACAUACAUCUUCAAAAUACAGGCAGAAACCAAAGUCGGUUAUGGGCCUGAAGCAAAGUGGAAAGCUAAAAUGCCUAUAUUUGCUCCACCCAAGCCAAACACUCAGGUAUUUCCAACUGAAGUGUCCCGCAGUUCUACCACGAUCAAGAUACGCUUCCGCAAGAAUUAUUUUUCAGAACAAAAUGGAGCUAUCACAUCUUACACAAUUAUUGUAGCUGAAGAUGACAGUAAAAAUGCUUCGGGGUUGGAGAUGCCCAGCUGGAGAGAUGUUCAAGCAUACAGUGUUUGGCCUCCAUAUCAGGUUCUAGAUCCGUACAACCCCUUCAAGAACUCUACUGUUGAAGAUUUCACUAUUGGAACAGAGAGCUGUGAUAUGCGAAAGUUGGGCUAUUGCAAUGGUGCAUUGAAGUCUGGAUCCACUUAUAAAGUGAAGAUUCGUGCUUUCACUGAUGUGGACAAAUUUACUGAUACUUACUAUUCAUUUCCAAUACAGACAGAUCAAGAUAACACACCAGUUGUUGUGGGAACUGUUGUGCCUUUAAUUUUAUUGUUACUGCUUGCAAUAACAGUGUGGACACUUCGUCGUCAGAAAAGAUCGAAGCGAAAAACUGCAGAAAGCAGAGGAAAUGAUAACUUGUCUAUACCUGACAGUAUAAUUGAAACAAGCAGGCCUAUCAGACUGGAAAACUUUGCAGAACACUAUCGCAUCAUGUCUGCUGAUUCUGAUUUCCGAUUCUCUGAAGAGUUUGAGGAACUUAAACACAUUGGCCGUGACCAGCCAUGCAGUGCAGCUGACUUGCCAUGCAAUCGCCCGAAGAAUCGCUUCACCAAUAUCUUGCCUUAUGAUCAUUCUCGCUUUAAACUGCAACCUGUGGAUGAUGAAGAAGGUUCUGAUUACAUAAAUGCCAACUAUGUGCCUGGUCAUAAUUCACCAAGAGAAUUCUUGGUAACACAAGGACCAUUGCAUUCCACACGUGAUGACUUCUGGCGUAUGUGUUGGGAGAGUAAUUCGCGGGCAAUAGUUAUGCUGACUCGUUGCAUUGAGAAGGGGAGGGAAAAGUGUGACCAUUAUUGGCCAUAUGACACGAUGCCUGUCUAUUAUGGAGACAUCUCUGUCCAGAUUCUAAAUGACAGUCAUUAUCCUGAUUGGAGUGUGACUGAGUUUAUGAUGUGCCGUGGUGAUGUAUCAAGAGUAAUAAGGCAUUUUCAUUUCACAACAUGGCCGGAUUUUGGUGUUCCUAGUCCUCCUCAGACACUGGUGCGUUUUGUAAGAGCCUUCAGGGAGCGUGUUGGCCCUGAUCAGAGACCAAUUGUUGUCCAUUGCAGUGCUGGUGUUGGACGUUCCGGUACCUUCAUUGCUCUUGAUCGACUGUUACAGCAGAUUAAUGUCUCGGAUCAUGUUGACAUAUUUGGUAUCGUAUGGCAGAUGCGAAAGGAGCGUGUCUGGAUGGUACAGACUGAACAACAGUAUAUAUGCAUUCAUCAGUGCCUAUUGGCAGUUUUAGAAGGGAAAGAAAAUCAGGGACCACUCAGAGAAAUACAUGAUAAUCAGGGUUUUGAAGAUGAUGAGGGCAUUGCUGAAUCUGGGAUGUGACCAGUACAAAUUCUGGAAAGACAAUAAUGGUGGUUGAGUUAUUGUGGGCUGCUGUGAUUCAUUUCCAUGAAAUAUGGUGGAGCAUCUUACAACCUUUUACAGUGUUUUAGUGAAUGAAACAUAUGGAUUUUUAUAUUUUAUAAGACUUUUAAUGAAGCAGAGUUUUUGGUGACCACAGUGUCAGCAUAUUCAUUGGUGCUAUAAAGAGUCAAUAAGAAUCUGCAGUGUGUUAAAGGAACUGAACUUAAUGUCUCCAUGUGUGUGUCAAAAAUACUCUCAGCAAUAGUUUGCUAUAGAAUAUCUUCCAUGUAGGUGAGAUUAUAUAUUUUGACAGAUGACUUUUUAAUAUAAUAGUUUUAUGCUGUAUUUUAUAUUUUAAUGACCUUAUUGUGAGGAAAAGUUUCUGCAAAAAGGUAUUUUAAGAUUUGUUUCUUAUACGUCACACUUGUGGCUGUCAUAAUUUUGCAGUAUUGAUUUGGAAAGAAAAUCAGUCCUGUGCUUGCAGGUUUUGUGCCAGAUACAUUCCUUAUUUCCUUAUGUUAUUUAACUGUAGUAUAAAGAAAAAUGCUGUAUACAUGUGGGAGAAUGCUAUGUAGAAUCUCAUUUUCUAUGGAAAUUAAUCCCUGUUCAUAAUGGUGAACUGAUUGAUAAUUCUCAUUUCAUGUUGUUGUUAUCUUUAAAAUAGAAGCCCAGUAUUAUUUCUAUUAUUACAAUAGUCCUCAAGUAGUAAAUAAUAUACAGAUAAACACUAUAAACAGAUUAGUGUGGCAGCUUUGAAUAAAAAUGUACAAGAGUAGAAAUAACAGGAAAUACUUUGUCUUUCACUGGUGAGUGCCUAUGAUCUGGAGCUGGCUUAUGCUGGAGAAAACCCACAGAUGAUGUCAGUGUAUUUGCAUUAUUCAUUUUCUGAUCUUGUUUCCUUUCUGACUAAAUCACUAUAUUCAUAGCACAAAAUGAUAAGCAAUAAAUCAACAGAUUUGUCAGUAUAAUUUUGUGCCAUUUAUAGCUUUUUCUAUGAAAAAACUAAUUUUAUUGCAAAGUUCAGUUAAUGAAUAAUGAGAAGUGACUGAGGAGAGGCAUGUGAAUGUUUAUGUGAAGUUAAGAGAGAUAAACAGAUAUUAUUUUGUGGCCUUCAGCAGUAUGUUAGGGUUGACAACAUGUAAUAAGGCAGCUGUUUGUACAUUGUACAAUCACAAAUUAAGUAUUGGGUUCCAGUGCAGCACAUAAAAAUAGUGCCAUGAGCUGCACUCAAGUAUAAGAUGCUGUUGACUGAUGAAUCUCUGAUGUACUUUCCUUGGUCUCGGUGCACUAUGGUAGAAGCUAUCUUAAUGUAGGCAUGGAAUCAUAAUGUUGAGCAUCUACCAUGGAACACCUUACUUAUUUUACUGUUGGACAGCAUAUUAUUUUUGUAUAAUAAAUUUGACCUAUAAGCCUGACUUUUCUAUUGUCGUGCUGGAAAGAUACAGGGAAUGUAAUUUGGGAAGAAAUAGCUUCUUGUGUCUGUGUUAAAGAUGUUUGACAACAUUGUGUGCAUGCCUUUGUUGUGUAAGUGCUGUUUAUUGGCUUCCUGUCUCUUUUCAUGUUGUGAUAAUUCCUGUUGUCUCUAUCAUUAACAUACAGGCCUAUUUAUAAAUAAUGAUAUAAAUUGCUCCAAAUGAUGAUUUUUAUUUUUUGGCAUUUUCUUUAGUCUCAUUUCUUCACUCAUGUGAAAUCUGAUGAACACUUGAUUUUUUAUAAAAUAAAGAAACCAGACUGUA